AUGUUCACCCUCCAACGAUCCAUUCUGGCACUUGCCGCCAUUCGCGGCGUGUUCUCCGCAUCUCUGCUCGGUAAGAAUGGUACCGUCGACCGCUCGAAUCUCACUGUCGCCUUGAUCAGGGCGCCUCCGCCCAACUGGUCGCUCCCAAUUACCAACUACGACUACACGGGCAUCACUUUCAACAUCAGCGAGGCUGUCGACUCCGGUAUCAAGCUGAUUAAUGAGGCUAAGUACCAGGGAUCGGAUCUCGUCGUCUUCCCGGAGCUGUGGUUCCCCGGGUUUCCCAAGGGAUCGGACAGCCAUUACAACUUCACUCGUGAUUACCUCCCCUCAUAUAUCGACAACGCCAUUGUACUUGGCGAUGCACAGUGGAAUCGACUGAUCGAAGCCAUUCGGAUGGCUCGCAUCUACGCCAACCUCAAUUUUGCAGAGGUCGAUGGGGACUUCAUGUACAUGUCGCAAGCGCUGGUAGACCCCAGAGGACAGGUGCUGCACCAUCGUCGCAAGCUUCGCCCAUCAGGUGCAGAGAGGUAUUUCUUCAGCGACGGAACAACGGAUGGUCUCAAAGUCGUGCAGACCGACUACGGUCGAUGGGGCAUGCUGGAAUGCGGAGAGCAUUUCUACCCUAGCAUGACCUUCAACAUGUACGUUCAACGAGAGCACGUACACCUGGCUCCGUUCCCUUACCUCGCUGGCACCGAAGACGACACCUCGCUCUGGUGGGAGAACGAGUGGAUCAACACGGGCGCCGUCGGCGUCUACUCUGUCCUCAGCGGCGCCUACUCCUUCGUACCGGCAAUUGGCGCCUCCUUCGUCACGGAUCCCUUCGGCACUCGGGUAGCUCACAUUAGUGCCAACGCCAGUUUCGAUGAACACCCGAUGCUGUACUAUAGCUUCAACGCAAGUGGGUUUAAUGACUCAGUCACGUACAAUAUUGACGGGCAGGCGUCGUGGGGAACACUGAGCCAAAUAGUGGACAGUUUCCCGCAGGGAGUCCCGAAAGUAAAAGGUGACUUUGUCAAACAUAAGAGCAACUCGAUCGAGUACCUGAGGUCUGGACAGCUCAUCAUCCCGUCCUCCUAA